AAAUUGCGCGGCAAGGCCAAGUUUUCAGGUCAAGCGCGGCUGUACUUUUUUCUCGUUUUAAUCGGAACUUACGAUAAGGAGAUUGCAUCGACCGCGUUUCAAGUUACCGUCACGGCUGAGAGUGGACUUUACUAUAAACGAUUAAACUAACUUCCUCGCUUGUGCACAUGUGUGCAUGAAAAUUGAAUCAAACGUACGUAGCAAGUAGGCAAACUUAACUAUUAAUAAAAUUAUAACAUUGCACUGAUACAGAUACAUCAAUAUUGUAUAUCAUUAUUCUUAUAACUCGGAAGUUAUCUCUAAGAAAAACAUAACAAGAAUUUUGACUUUGAUUCUUUUUUUUAAAGGACAGAUGAAAUAUCUUUAAGUACAACCACGUUCAGAGUGAAUAGAAAAACAUAGAAAAUACAUUGACUUGACAGAUGAUACGUGUGUCGUUGUCAGUUGUCGUGGAUCUUUUAUGUAUUUCAAGAUUGAUACGUUAUCCUGCAACAUGUAUGCAUUGCACGCACUGCAUCAAAUAAAUUGUAUCUCUUAAUUUCAUUAUUCAGACUCUCCUGACGUUUCUAGUUUGACAUUUGCUAGGAAUGGACGCAUAUUACGAUAAGAUCGUACGAUACUCCAUGAUGAAACGCUUGUCGCCUUAUCUGUGCAUUUGCUGGCUCGUAUUCGUGACGUUUCAUGGCCAGCAAGUUUGUGUCGCUUAUCAAAGUACGCAUUUUCUAUAUAAUUUCGAUAGUUAUCAUACGCCCGCCGCUGAUCUACCGGAUGAUCGCCAACUCGUGAUACCACGGAGGGUCAGAUCGGAUGGAAGUUUCGUUUCUCAUCAGAUACCGCAUUACUUUGAGCGCACCUCUCACCGAAAUCAGACGGCAUCCGACAAUUUCGUCCACUACCGUCUGCAUAUUGAUCAUGAGGAAUAUCAUAUUGAACUCUAUCCGAAUGAUCAGCUGAUCGGGCCCGGUGCGGUGGUUGAGGAACGUCGAGACUCGCAGAAGUUUUUAGAUAGCAUGCGGCUGAAGCGAUUACACGAUAUGCAAUGCCAUUAUCGGGCCCGUGUACGCAAUCAAACGGGAAACAGCGCUCUAUCCACCUGUUACGGACUUGUCGGAUAUAUUAAAACGAAGCAUGCGUGGUACAUGAUCGAGCCGGUAGCGGGACAUAAUCUUACGAAGAAAACGGAGCAACCGCAUAUCGUGUACAAGAGGAGCCCGGACGAGUUUCAGACCUCCGAGAUCGCGCGGGAUCUCUGCAACGUCGUGGACGAUACGUCCAGGAUCAUUGCCAAGCGUGCUUUGAAUCCACGGAAGAGGGUGUUCGCGAAACGAAAUGAGAGCAAACCGUACACGGUGGAAUUGCUAGUAGUAUUGGACAAGACUCUGUUGAAUCAUCACCGAGAAUUCGAUAUCGAGAAUUACGUUCUGACACUCUUUAAUAUAGCAGCAGGACUGUUUCACGAUGCUAGUUUAGGUAUGCACGUACAGCUAACCAUCGUGCGGAUUAUACGAUUAGAGGUGGAGGAAGACGAGAUGAAUUUAUCGAUAAAUCGGGACGCGGAUACAACGCUGAGGCAUUUCCAGGAGUGGCAGCGGACCAUGAAUCCCGGCGAUGAUACCCAUCCAAAUCACCACGACUGCGCGAUUCUCAUUAGCAAGUUGGAUAUCUGCGUCUCGCGUAGUCUCUGCGGCUUCACCGGUACAUCCACGAUCGCUGGUACGUGUGAUCCUUUGAGGGGCGCGGUCAUUGUGAGAGACGCCGGUCUGCCAACCGGUUAUCAUAUAGCUCAUCAGAUAGGCCACACCUUGGGUAUGUCCCACGACGUGGCGCGGGAAAACGGCUGCCCCGGUAUAGUUCAUCACGGGGACGAAUACGUGGAGGUCACCGUUAUGCACCCCGGCGACAUGUACAUCACGAAAAAAUGGUCCGAGUGCUCGCGGCGCUACCUGAGCUCGUACAUCGAGCAGGGUCUGGCGUUCUGUUUGGAGGACGAACCCCAGGAUCAUCACUUCCCAGCCAUCGAGAUGCUGCCGGGCGUGAUGUACAACGGCGACGAUCAAUGUCGUUUACGGUAUCGGCCAGAUGCUCGACAAUGUGACAUGGGAAUCACCUGUGAAGCUCUAAGGUGCGCUAUUCCAGGCCGCGGUUGCGUGUCCGAGAGGAAGCCACCUGCGGAGGGCACCCCGUGCGGCGAAAAGAGGUGGUGCUACCAAAUGAAGUGUCUGAUGAUAGGAGAACGACCUGGAGUCAUCGACGGCGGUUGGGGCACUUGGUCACCCUGGAGCAGAUGUUCUCGGACCUGCGGUUCCGGUGUGGCUUAUGCUAUAAGAAGAUGCGACCGACCAUCCCCUUCCGGAGGCGGCGUUUAUUGCAUCGGCGAACGGAAACGUCACAAGAUCUGCGCCACGAAUCCCUGUGAAAUCAGCGCGUCCUCGUUUCGUGACGUGCAAUGUGCUGAAUUCAAUGACUGGGUGUUCCCGGAGGACGGAAAGGUUCAUCGCUGGAUGGCAUAUAAUCUACCGGAGGAUUUGAGAACGUCCGAAAACCCCUGCGCGCUUUACUGCGUAAGCGAGACUAACCUGGUGACUUCUCUGAGACCAAAGGUGGUAGACGGUACCACGUGCUACAGAGGUAUACGUGAUAUUUGCGUCGGGGGUGUGUGCCGAGAGAUACCCUGCGAUCUGAAUAUGGAGUCCAAUGCCGUCGAAGACGUUUGCGGCGUUUGCCGAGGCGAUAGCACGUCAUGCAUGUUGAAGCAAGGAACAGCAUCGUUUUCAGUCCAACACUGGCUCAGGAAAGUGACGGACGUGCCGGCCGGCUCCAGGAAUAUCCGUGUCGAGGAAACGGAACCGACCAAAUCAAGAAUCGUGGUGCGCACCAAGAGCACGAAAACCGUGCUGAUUGACGGUAACCGUCUAGGAAUGUUCGACGUGCCAGGCUCCAAGGCGUGGCUGGGAAUGAUAAGGCCGAGGCAGGAAGCUUUGAACAUACCGGGACCCGUCACCGAAGACUUGGUUAUAUUGGUCUUGCCAAAGGAGAACGUCACGUUGAAAUACUCGUUAGGAUUGAAGCAACGGACGCCGCGCAGAUCCGUGUUCCUCUGGGACUUCAUCGACUGGGAGAAAUGCUCGGCCGGUUGCGGCCCGGGAGAGCAGACAUCGAAACCACAUUGCAUCGAGAAAAUCGGCGGACUCGUGGACGAUAAAUUCUGCAGAAACAUCAGCAAGCCAGAUGCAAAGGUCAGACCGUGCAAUCAGGCUCCCUGCAUACCGAGGUGGAUCAUUGGCGACUGGCAAGGUUGUGCGCCGUGCACGCCCGGCUGCGAGAGGACACGCGCUGUCAAAUGUGUGCGACCCGUCGGCCGUGGCGAGCAGGAUGUCGACGUGAUCGAGGACAGCCAUUGCCAAGGACCGAAGCCGAGGGAGACGGAGCCCUGCGAGGUCGCACGACGAAGACGGGAGGACGGGAGUGGUGGCAAACGACGGCAUAUAUUUUCUGCCUCCGCUCGCUCGAGCGCUCUAACACGACAAAACGACUUCAUCGAGGCGGCUGGUGGGUCUGUUAAGAUGGCUUUAAACAGCGACGGCGAUGUCGCGGAGGAUCGACGUUCGAGCUCCCGUCUCUCGCGAGCAAGACGUAUCGGAGACGUAUGCGAUUCCUCCAAUUCGAUCAACACCGGUGACGUGAAUGCGCUUCCGAAUGUGACGGUGAACUUAAUUCCGCCGGAUGGCUCGACUCGUGAUUCCUAUGAGAUUCGUCGCAGCGACCGUUCUCAGAUGGAUAAGAGAUCGAACGAUGGGAGUGACAAUCGGCAAAAUGACAGGCGGGUAGAAAGGACUGAUAGGAUCAAGAAAGGCGAGCUGGUGAUCGAUAAGGAGGGCACUCGCAAUCUGACGCUCACGAUUAUUCUAGAGCGCGACGAGAGGAAUGCCGUCGUGAAUUUUCCGAGAGAUUUUCAACCCCGGCCGCCGGAAAACGGCACGGAAUUCACGCUAAUCGGCAUGGACGCGCUUCGGUACAUACAGAGAAUUCAGGAAGAGGCACGUGGAGCCUUUCGCGAGCGACGCGUUUGAUGAACGGAGGAUCGACAACAACAAAUAAUCAAGAGAGAAGAUUCAGAGACAAGCGGAAAAGAAUAAUAAAGAAUUAAUUUUCGCACGUGAAACGUA